AUGUUCAAGACUGACACUCCGUCGAGGACCUCUCAGUUUUACACUACGCUACAGCCGAUGAAACCAAGAAAUUCCUGUGUCGUAAAAAGGCGCGCUCCUGUGGAAGCACCUGAAGACGAACUCCUUGACCUUGAAGAGUCCUUCAGCUAUGGCAAAACAAGGGAUAGGAGAGAAUUACGUGAAGACCCCGAGAUUCCAGCGCCAUCGAAAGAACCCAACACUCUUUACGAGUGUGUAUCGAAAGGGAUUUUGAACAUGGGCAAAGCCGCCGCCCUCAUUUGUCGAUUAGGAGAAGGGAAAUUCAACAAUGCUGCUUAUGAGGAAUUUUUACACUCGGACACGGCCUAUCGCAGCAAGCCAAAUUUUGAAGAUUUGGAUGGAGACCAAGACAAU